AUGAGUUCGGAAGCAACGAAUCAAUCACGACAAUUGAAUAUUUUAUCUCUACAAGCGAAACCACGAUUGUCUAUCGACGUUAACGACUGUCGUAAUGUAUUAGCUUCGAAUGAAAAAUAUUUACUCUGUUACGCACACGAUCGUUUUUUGUUAAUUGAUGAACAAGGAAAUGAAGAGUUAAGUGUACAAUCUGAUCUUACCUUUUAUGAUAUGUGUUGGUCAUCAUAUUUAAAUCAAUUUAUUAUUUUGAGUCGUUCAGGUGAAUUGUAUGCACUGGAUACCAAUGAAAAACAGUUGAAACAAAUUAAAAUAUUUGAUCAAAUUAUGUCAAUUUGCACCUGCUAUGAGAAAACAUUCAUUUGCAGUAACGGAACAAAAAUUGAGAAAUACAAUUUAUCUAAUUGGCAGUUGGAACAAACAUUUGAAGAAAAUAUUCCGUAUACAGGAAUUAGUCAAAUUCGAUUCAAUAGCGAUGGUACUCGUCUUGGAUUUAUAAUAGAUAUAGAAGGUAGAAUUUUUCGUGAUCAAUGGUUUAGUUUACGUAAUCCUAGUGAUAUGAGUAAGUUGCAAAACAUGACUAAGGUUGGUUACGGUUCUUUUUCUUGGCUUCUCGCAUUACCUCGAAACGAGCAAUACGAGUAUAUGGCAACUAUAUGUUCACAAAAUAACAUUUAUUUACUGAAGUACGAUAGGGAACUUAAUAACGAAAUUAUCUUUGGUUAUCCAGAAAAUAUCACGUCAACAUCUAUAAUCAACGAUAAAUGUCUAGUUAUACAUACAAAUAAUCCUGACAAACUUCAUUUCUACGAUAUAUAA